GACAUUUAUCUGUGAAGCUUUAAACUAACCGACAAAAAUUUGGCGUAAUUUGCAACAUUUUCUUAGUUUUGUCCUAUAACUAUAGAAAAUAUAUUCAUAUCUAUAUACAAUGUGCGAUACUCCGUUUAAAACUCCCUUGUCUCACACAAGAAACUUAAUCACGCCGAACCAGGUUGAAACGUCAGAUAGCGAGGAAAGUGUUGCUAGUUUAGAUUCCGAAGGCUCCUCAGCAGGCUCAUCAAAUGACCUUUCUCUAGUUGCUAUGUUUGAUGACUUAAUGAGACUUAUGCGGCACCAGCGGGGCCAUAAAAUGGAAGAUGCACUUUUAAGCUUCUUACUGGACCUGCAAAUGUUAUUUAAAAAAUACAAAGAAGUAAUUAACGAUUGCAACAGACUCCAGAAUGUUUUGGAUUUGAAGGUGCAGGAAAAUAGUGAACUUGAAAUUCGCUUAAAAAAAUCCAGGCAAAUUUUGGAUGAGCAAAAGAAGCAAACACAACGCGUUAUACGACAAAACCAAAAUUUGCAGGAACAACUAGAACAAGUUAGAGAAAUUUUGUUUAAAGAUAAUAAGAUGAACAUUAUUGAAGAAGCCAAAGAAAAAUUAUUGUUUUUAAACCAGGUUCCUAGCAUUGCUGAUCCUUAUGGAGGUAAAACCCUUAGUGCUAUUCAAGAGAUUAAUUCGACAGGUUCCAUGCUGUCAGAUUUUAGUAUAUCAAGAUCAGAAGAUGAUCUGGAUGUGUCCAGGCACUUCGGAACAGGCAAAGAAUGGAAGAAACACAAACCAAGUGAAAUGGGCGAUCCUGAACCAGCGACAAAAAAGAGACGAUCCUCCAAUAAAGUUAUUGAGAUUGGGAGGAACGACAUAGUUAGAGCCACAACAAUGGUUACUGUUAACAACAAAGGCCCCAUAUCUGCCACUUCCGUCAUUGAAUCUAUUCCCAAAGCCAAAGAGAACAUAGACCCAAUCAUGACACCUGAUGAAGGUAUAGGUUCGACUGCGCCGAGCGCGCCCCUUUCGCAUUUGAUCUUCGAGUCUUGGGCUCGGCAAGGGAGUCCUCGAAAACCCUCUGGUCGAUGUGACCUGAGAGCCCACUGUUUGCAGCAAAAAACAAUUGUAAUGCCUGACUCUUGCGUCUGCUGCGAGAAGAGAAUCAAAUUCGGAAAAUCCGCCUUCAAAUGCAAAGAGUGCCGUUGGGUGUGCCACACUGAAUGCAAAGAUAACCUACCAUUGCCCUGCGUCCCUGUAAUGAAUACGCCGAAUUUGAAAAAUGCGAUGGGCAUAAUAAGUGAUUAUACACCGACGACUCCGCCUAUGGUGCCGGCGCUAAUUUUGCACUGUGUUAACGAGAUUGAACUCCGGGGUUUUAACGAGCUGGGAUUGUAUCGAAUUCCUGGCUCCGAGAAAGAUGUUAAAAUGCUUAAGGAAAGAUUUCUGAAAGGGCGCAGCGCCCCCUGCCUCAAUCAAGUGGACAUUCACGUAAUUUGCGGAUGCGUCAAGGACUUCCUCCGCUCGCUCACGGAGUCUAUCGUGACUUUUUCGAUGCGACCCGAUUUCGUGCGAGCUAUCCGUGCUAGGGACGGUCAAGAUGUCGCGCCUUUACUGUACCAGUGCAUCUCGGAAUUGCCGCAGCCCAACCGAGACACGCUGGCCUAUAUGACCUUGCAUUUGCAAAAAAUCGCCGAAUCUCCCGAGUGCAAAAUGACGGUGGAAAAUUUGGCCAAGAUUUUCGGUCCCACUAUCGUGGGGUAUUCGUCGGAUAAUCCAAACCCAAACGAUCUGCUAACAGAAACCAGAGAACAAAUUGCGGUGAUGGAGCACCUCAUUCGGUUGCCUUCCGAGUAUUGGUCAACUUUUAUUAACAGUGGUGUGUCGCAGCCCGUCAGUCGACUCCAACAGACGCCUAGUACGGAUUCGCUUUUCAGACCCAAUAGUCGAUUUUUUACUCCAUACAACAAGAGAGUGAAAAAGCAGCGGAUCUUUACCAUGUCGCCCGGGGACAAUUUCUGAGAUCGCCGAAAUAUUCCAUAGAUUAUUAUUUUUAAGUACUUAAUUAUUAAUAUUGUACACUAUAGUCGUCCUACAUUUAUUUUUCUCUCAGUGGUGUUUUUAAUAAUUUGCCUUUGUUAUAUGUAGUUUUGCUUUCUUUAAAAUAAA